AUGGACACCAUCACGUUCGACGACGAGCCACCGCCCGAACCGCGCGAUGGCUGGCUGCUGGUGCGCGUGUUUGUGCCCGAGCUGAACGUCCACAAGUGUCUCCAGUUUCCGUCGGACAAGAUCGUGUGGGAUGUGAAGCAGCAGUGCCUAGCGUCGUUGCCCAAGGUUGCCUAUUGGUUUUGGGAACUGAAGGAAAGUUUCAACUAUGGUUUAUUCUCCCCGCCAUCGAACGGCAAGGCAGGCAAAUUUCUUGACGAAGAACGACGAUUAGGAGAUUAUCCAUUUAAUGGACCAGUCGGUUAUUUGGAGCUGAAAUACAAACGGCGGGUGUACAAGAUGCUCAACCUGGACGAGCGCCAGCUGAAGGCGCUGCACACCCGAGCCAACCUGCGCCGCUUCAUCGAGUGCAUCAACAGCGGGCAGGUGGAAAAGAUCGCCAAGAUGUGUGCCAAAGGAUUGGACCCGAAUUUCCACUGCCAGGAAACGGGCGAAACGCCGCUCACCAUCGCGACCGGUGCGAAAAAGCCGAACAAACUGCUAAUAGCGCUCGUUAACGGUGGCGCGCUGCUCGACUAUCGGACGCGCGACGGCGCCACGGCCCUGCAUCGAGCGGUUGAGCGUGACAGCCUGGAAGCGGUCAGCACUCUUUUGGAGCUUGGAGCAUCUCCCAACUACCGGGAUACAAAAGGUUUGACGCCAGUGUAUUUAUCUGUCACGCGAAAAACAGACCCCAAAAUCAGCGAAGUUCUCCUGCAUGAUCAUGCCACGCUCGGCAUCCAGGAUAGCCAAGGAUGGCAGGAAGUACACCAGGCUUGUCGGAACGGGUUAGUACAUCAUUUAGAACAUUUACUGUUCUACGGUGCGGAUAUGGAUGGUCAGAACGCUUCCGGCAACACGCCGCUGCAUGUUUGCGCUGUUAACAAUCAGGAGGCUUGCGCUAGAAUGCUACUCUUUCGUGGUGCCAACCGAGGCGCACUAAACUAUGCCAACCAGACACCGUACCAGGUUGCUGUGAUUGCCGGCAAUCUAGAACUGGCUGAGAUGAUACAAAAUUACAAGAGCGAGGAUAUUGUCCCGUUCCGUGGACCGCCACGGUAUAACCCACGGCGUCGAUCCGGGCUGGGCUGGGGAUCGACGCUAUCGCGCAUUUACGGUGGCCCACCGUCCCCCUGCCCGUCCGAGCAUCCGUUCAGCUCCGCCAGCUCCAGUCUGUCGGAGGGUUCCAGCCACCGUAGCCAUGAGGAUGACAUCAGCAUCGUAACAGAUAAGAGCCUGGGAGACACGAGCGACAUCAUCAGCGACUCGUCCGGUGUUGGCACGAACUCCGACAGUGCGGCCUGCUCGAUCGGCCAUCCGAGCACGACCGUCGUCUGCAUGGAGGGCUACGACGCUGGCCUGUCCGGGCACAUCCACAUACAGCCAGGCGACGUCAUUGAGGUGGUCGGAUCGACCGAUUGCGGCCUGCUGGAGGGUUUCGUGCGGGGCACGAACAAGACCGGCUUCUUCCCCGCCAGCUGCGUGCAGGAGGUGCAAUUCCGGCAGAAGAGCAUUAUCAACGUGUCCACUUCUACGCCGCACCAUCACUAUCUGAUCAACACGAGCAGCAAUGAAAUCGUCAGCCACGAUCUGCAGCAACAGCUGCAACAGCAAAAAUCUGCUCUCGAUAAACAACAACAGCAUCACCAACAACAACAACAUCAACAACAGCAGCAGCAGCAGCAGCAGCAGCAGCAGCAGCAGCAACAACAGCAGCAGCAGCAAUACAACAGCCAAACAGCUCCACGAGUGAAAAAAGCAAUCAUCGGUGAGCCACGCACAGUGGUAUUACAUCGGGCCAAACGGGGCUUCGGAUUCAUUCUUCGUGGCGCCAAAGCAUCUUCCCCGUUGAUGCAGCUCAAGCCAUCCCCUCGGUGCCCAGCUUUGCAGUACUUGGAUGACGUCGAUCCGGGAGGUGUGGCCGACAUGGCUGGCUUGAAACCGGGCGACUUUCUACUGGCCAUUAAUAACGAAGAUGUAGCUUGUGCCUCACACGAGCACGUGGUGGAUCUGAUCCGGAACUCGGGCACACUGGUAUCGAUGACCGUGGUGACGCUUUCCCAGAACCUCAUCAACUCGAUGAUGCUGGAAUCGUCGGAAAUUGCUAGCCAACACUCGUCCGGCUCAGGCAUGAGCACCCCGAUAUCGUCCCGCCAAUGUUCGACGCUGCCUCGGCGUAUGAAUGGCGGUGCACCGAGCAGCUGCAAGCAACCGGCUCCGAUGCCUCCCCGCCGCGAUCCAAAGACGACGCUCAGUGUCGGCCGUGCGCGGGCCAAGUCGAUGGUGGCCGGGCUGGAGGGUGGCGGCGAAAAGGGCGAUGACGAUGAGCUGCUAAACGCGACCAAAUCCACCUCGGCCGAAUCGAUUCACCAGGCGCAACUGCAGGCGCAACUCCAAGCAAUCCAGCAGCAGCAGUUGCAGCACCAACAGCAGCUGUCCCACUCAGCCAUGGGAACGCCGACGCAAGCGGGCCCCGGAACGCCCGUGCAGCCACGUACUGCCAGCAUCAAGUCGCGACCAACGUCUAGUCGAAUCACGGCCGCCGAGUUGGAAGAACUGUUCCAGCGCCAGCAGGGAGCUGACGCAAACCGCUGCUCCAUGCUCAUGACCAGCUCUCGGUUCCAGUCGACCGGAUUCGACAGCGGCACCGGCACACCACCUACGUCGCCACAGAAGGGACCGAUCGUGUACGCCAGCGUGGCCGAGAUGAAGCGCAAGAAGUCCUCCAAGAUGGGGGUCGGCACGCUCAAGGGUCGCCCAAUUCCAAUACCGCAGGUCGGUGCCGACCUCAAGCGCACGUUCCACAGCACACCGGACCUUGCAACGAUGCCAUCGGAAGCGAAUCUCGGUGGCACGGUUUCGCUGCUGCAUGGAACCGGUUCCACUGCCGGAUCGCAGCUCGCGAUCAACGCCAACGGCUGGUACAACACCGUCGGUCACAAGGGACACCGAUCUCAGGACGACAUGCACAGUCUCCACAUGUCGCUGCAAAGACUGAACCUACCGCCACCGAAUCAUCCACCGCCGCCACCUCCGGUCGGGCAGGUCGUCAAGGUGGACGUUUCGCGGGGCUCCGAGUACGAAUGUCUCACGGCGCUGCGGAAGCACAUCGCUCAGAAAGCCAAGGUCCAAUCGCAGGUCCUGGAGGCAGAAGUAAUGUCCAGCUUCAAGCCGGCCUCGAACGCGAAACUUUAUGCUUCGCCGCAGGAUAUUCGCAACGUUGGCUACCGCACGCUCAGUGUAAACUCGGCCAGUCCCGUGCCGUCCCUCACCGGGGCUUCCGCAUCCGUGGCAUCUGGAAACAAUCUUACCCCACCUGCCUCAACCGGUGCACCGGAGGGUGCCAAUGUUAACAACACCAGUGUUGAGAUCCGCAAAUCGGCAUCCCUUCGCUCGAAUGCCAGCUCGAAGGUCAGCGUAAAUUCCGGCAGCAUCACUGGGAGCGCUGGAAACAACGUAACCACCGUGACGAUUGGUGGCGGAAACGUGGUAGCGAGCAGCAUAUCUUCGAACCAAUACGCGCUUCCUGGCCGACCCGGUGCAGGAGGCGUGCAACCACAGCAGCAACAAGUUGCGCAACCGCAGGCCCUGUACAAAGCACCACCGAACAGUGCACCGCCACUCCCCGAGCCAGACUACAGUCUCAGCGAGUCAGAUCCGGAUGAGGACAACUCCGUGCGUCUGGUGCGAACACUGAAGAAAACCAAUGGGGAUCUGAAGGCGUCGCAAAAUCCUGGAAUGGCUGCCGAAACCAGUGGCAACAGUAAUACAAGUGGUAGUUCUACCGGGUCCAGCUCCAUGCCGCAUUCGUUCUCGGUGGAGGAGAUACAGAAAAUUCGCACGAAGCUCAAAUCGUCCAAGUCGUACCCGAACGAUUUUCUGCGCAAACAGAACAGUCAACAACAGCCAUCAGCAGGUGCGGAACAAGGUGGUGGCGCACACCACAACGAAGAAGGUGACAACUCGUCGUCGGGCGUAAGCAGCGAUCAGGAGGUGACGAUCACCUGCAAUGACGCUGUAAACCCUCCGCCGCCGAAACAACCGUCUCCGAAGCAACCGAUCAUCGCAACCGCACCAAAACCCUCCGCCAACGUUGUCGCCGCUGGUGCCGUCGCGUCUGGGAUGAGUGAACCAAAGAAAGUGACCCUACGCCUUGGAGCCACCGCCGACGUGGGGCGAAAGGAAAAACCUGUCGAUAGUUCCCCGGAGCGCAGAAGCGACCCGGAAGAGAACGACGAUGCCGAUGGUACGGACAGUCCCAGCCCGCCGGCCACCGGCUUCCAACGGCAUAAUUCGCUCACGCGCAAGCAAGCGGCGACGCUGGCCGCGAACCGAGCAAAGGCUAACCAGCAGAACCUCCAGCAGCGGCACGCAGUAACUCUAGCCACGCUUCCACCACCGAUCGAGGCCGACUCCGACGAAGCCGACUCGUGGUCGCAUCCCCUGGAGGCAUCCGGUGGUAGCGCGCAACUAGCCGAAGGGGCCGGAAUGGUGGUCCUGGCGCCACCGCCCGAGUUCAGCGAUGCUACCGUGAGUCAAAGUAUCCCCGGGAGUGUUAGCAUUAGCGUUCAGUCGCACCAUUCCCAUCAGCAUACGCAUCAGCACCAUCAGCAUCAGCAUCAGCAUGUCCACCAUCACCAUCAGCAUUCGGCACCGGGCGGUUCGGUGGUACUCGGCCACAAUCCGAAUUGCAAGCGGGUCCGAAUCGUUGGUGCGGUGCCGAAAGUUAAUCGUAUGAACAGCCAGUAGGUCUCCCUGGUAGAGCUGAGAGCUGCUUUCAAAGUUUUGUUUAUAUUCUGUAAAAAUAACACAGCAGCAUUACUUUAGUUUAGCAUUUAAGGACAUUUUACUUUAAGCACGCUCUAACCCACACUGGUGUAUCAAAAGUUUCUUUUAACUCAUUCGUCUUCUCACGUGUGGUGUAAGCUUGGACGAAUGGCGUUGAGAUAAGUUUUUGUAAUGCGAAGCGUUUGGAUUUUAAUCGAUGUGUCUUGCAUGAAGUUCUAGCGAUAAACGGGGCCGAGUUAAAACUGUUACAAGUUUUAAAACGAAGUCAAUCUUGUGUAUCGUGCACGUCAUCUAUCUGUCUUGUGUCGCAGCGCCCUGGGCACUAUCAUUGUACGUCCAACCGGUCGUUCGUUCUAGCGGCCAAGGCUCUUACUCCAACCGGGGACCAUCCUUAUCGCCUUCGCGCGCCUUUCCUUUUAAUUACAUUAAUUAACACAGUCAAAUGCAUGCGCGCGAAGGUGAGAUGGCUUGCGUUGCCUUACCGUUUUCGGGUGCUCAACGCUCCGGAUGACGAUCGGCCGGGUGCAACUUCUCCAUUUUAGUUCGUUCUGUACAUAAGACAUUUGUGACCGUAACACCCCCUGGCGUGUCGUCCCUGUGAGCAACUGUCUCUAGAGUGCGUUAAACUAACUGCAAAAAGUCAUUUGGUUGUAAGUUUGCUCUAGACGGCUUGUAUUUUGCAAUUGAUCCGCUUCCACUCGUCCUCUUCCAGCCACACACCCUUCACCUGCAGCCGGUGGGAGGGAAAAUAGAGGAACUGGGGUAGCUGAGCAGUUCCGAACAAACAACGUUUUGUGCACGUUCGAGGUUGUCUUUAAUUUGCGCGAGUGUGUUUUGUACUUCCGCGCAGAGUAAAGGCGCUACACGAGGGAAACUAACUAUUCUUACCAAUCAGAACCGAAACAGUUUUAAAUCAGUAGUAACGUAGGGUAAGGUAAUGUAACAACAAGCCCUAUCAUAGCGAGCGAUUGUACCGGAGGAGAAGCGCUGGCACACAGCAGCGUACGUUUAACAUUAACAGAGGGUAAUGAUAGCAUUAGGAUAACGAUAAGCUAGUUUUGUCUACAGGUAUACUAUGUAAAGCUUUCGAACAUCGUCGAUCAUUAAUCGAAUUUCACAGUUCUCGGAGUCUAAGGGGCGAUCUAUCCUUCAAUAGCAACAGUGGAGGAAUGUAAUCAUUUAGUGAAUUUUGAUGCGAACGCAAAGGAAGAUAGAAAAAGUAUUGAGCAAAAACAUCACUUCUGCGUCAGAAUCCCUUCAGCCUCGCUGACUUGUGCAUAAACAAUUGGCCACAUUUAAUCAUCAAUGGUUGCUCGCACGCGCAUCUGUAAGUAAAGUCCAAAAUACGAAACAAUAUACGAGAAAAGUAAAUCUCGCAGCAAUACGAUGUGUUUUAUUGUAUUUAGUCUAAUUAUCAUGAAAACAAACGCAGAAUAAAAAUGAUUCAUAAAGAAAACUAAAAUCCAAAAUGAGCAAGCCGAUUUUCUACAAAGAUAAAUUAUUCGCCCCAUUUCGGCCGAAAUCACAUACACACACAAACGCACGUCUUGGCUUCAACUGUUAGUUCAAAAUACCAAUAGGAAAAGUUAUGCUUAAACAAAACCGUACUCGGUAUUGGGACACGAACGCCGAACUUGCCGCAUUGGGCGAGGGAGAAGAAUUUCCAUUUUAAAUGAACGAACCAAAUCCAACAAACAUUUAUAGCAGAGAAAAACGGCGAGUGGGCAGUGGUGCAGCGAGUUGGACGUCCUGCUCCUCUAAAAUCUAAGGUUAGGGUCGCCAUAGGGUUGAGUCGCUGGGUCGUGAAAUUUUAUAUUAACCAACGGUAAAAGACACAAACUGUAUCGGAAGAGGAGGAGAACCACAAGUGAAAGGCUCAUUUCAAGUUUUCGGAAACCAACAUGCAUCCAGCGUCUUCGAGGGUUAGGAGGAAGGGGAAGUAUUGCGGUCUAAUUUGCUCACUUUGCAGAAUAAUAGAAAACAUACCUGCACGAGCAACAGCCAAUUCUACGCUAGAACCAAACGAUUAUGCUUUUAAUUGAGUAGAUCAAAUCGAAUAGCAAAAGCAAGCAAAAAAUCCUCACACAAAAACAAACAAAGGAUGGAGGAAUAUAAAGAUGGUCGAUAAACCCAGACUCCGUUUUGGACUGUUGGUUCCACGUUCCCAAAUCAAGUAACGUAUUGAACGCUUUCCGCGAUGAAAAGGAGCAAAUAUGUUCGUGAGCAGCUUCAAGCUAAGCGAUUAGUCGACAAAACAGCAAACUAGAUGCAUAAAGGAACACGUAGACAGAAAACCUCCACAGUUGUCCUUUCCGAGCAUUUUCCAGAACUGUAUCGCUGAAGCGAAUACAAUGGCACAACUUCACGAGCCCCACAAUACACACACAUCGUCACGAAUAUGUCAGUUCUGUAUUGAAUAUUCCCCACAAUAAGUAUGAUAUUGAAAUAAAACAUGAUAUUGGUACAUAACGA